GAAAAAAAAAGACUAAGAAAGGCGGGAAGGUGCGGUGCAGCGGUGGUGCCCCGGGACUCUCUGCUCACUAAAAUUAUGAUGGUAUCAUCAAAUAAAUUGAAAGAAGAUACAGCUUCUCUAGCUGAAUCCAGUGAAUCAAGGAUGUCUGUCGAGGACUCGGAAAUUGAGGGAUGUAAAUUUGAGAAGACCUUGGUAACCACUGAGAUGCUGGCUGAGGAGGAGAAAUUAGAAGCAGCUAAUGUAAAAGAAGCGGAAAUGAUCCGUCUGCAAGUGGAAGCCCGAAAACACAAUGAAGCACAACUGCAGGAACAAAGGUAUGCAUAUGGUCGGAGAGCCCGUUGUAAGUUCGAGUCUUCGGUUGCUAUUCGUGAUGCAAAAUUCCUAAAUAAGCAUCAGUGGCGCUAUAUUUGUGUAGAUGAAGGCCACAGGCUCAGAAACUACAAAUGUCUUCUCACAAAGGCACUGAACACAUACCCUUCAACAAAUCGCCUGCUGAUGACUGGGACACCACUGCAGAACAAUCUUGCAGAAUUGUGGGGCCUCCUUAACUUCUUAAUGCCAGAUAUAUUUGACUCACUAGAUGUUUUUGAGUCCUGGUUGGAUGUUACAGACAUGAUGGAGGAUGGAAGUGAUGAGAAGAUAAUUCAUCAGGAGAAAGAAAAACAUGUCAUUUCCACUCUUAUGAAGAUUUUAAGUCCUUUCUUUCUGCGUCGAGUGAAAAAGGAUGUGGAUCUUGACAUUCCUCCUAAGAAGGAAUUGCUGGUGUACACACCUAUGACUCCUCUGCAAGUGCAGCUCUACGAGGCAACCCUCACAUCAAACUAUGAUCUCUUCAGCAAUUUAAAGACUUGUGAGCCUGAAACUUGUGAGUAUGAUAAGAGAGGCAGACCCAAACGUAAGUCAAAGCGUGAUACAGACUACUCAUUGUUCAUGAAUGAGCAAGACAAUUUAUCAGAAGAAUCCCUCGACAAAUUUAUUGAGGGAUUGAGAAAAUUCCAUGAGAAACCUGUACAGAAUGAAGUCAAAAGAACUUCUUUCAUAAGAGUAAAGUUGCAGAACAAGAUGAUGCAGUGUCGAAAAAUUGUGAAUCAUCCAUAUUUGAUAAAUUACCCUUUAAACAGUGAUGGCACAUUUAAGGUGGAUAAUGGUCUUCUAGAAGUGAGUGGAAAGUUGCAAGUUCUAGAUCAACUACUUGGCGAACUCUACAAACGUAAGCACCGUGUCCUGCUCUUCUCUCAGAUGACCAUGUUGAUGGAUAUUCUUGAAGACUACCUUACUCUCAGACCACAAUAUAAGUACAAGCGUUUGGAUGGUAAUUGUUCACUAGAAGAUCGGCAGAAUGAUAUCAAGGAAUUCAACGACAAAGAUUCUACAGAUUUUCUGUUUUUACUGAGUACCCGAGCAGGUGGUCUUGGAAUAAACCUUGCUUCUGCUGACACUGUUAUCAUCUAUGACUCUGAUUGGAAUCCCCAGAGUGAUCUUCAAGCCCAAGAUCGCUGCCAUCGAAUUGGUCAGACAUCUCCUGUUUUGGUCCUGCGUCUUAUCACUGCGUCUACAGUAGAUGAGCGUAUUGUUGAGCGUGCUGCAACUAAGCGAAAAUUAGAGAAACUAAUCAUUCAGUCUGGAAAGUUCAAGGCAGCCAAACAGAGUGACCGAGUAUUUGAAAAAGUAAUUGACGAAGAAGAAUUGAUUAGAUUGCUUAAGGAGAGAGACCACGAUAGAAUACACAGAACCACCACUGGACAUGUUUUCACGAAGGAAGAGCUUAAUCAGCUGCUUGACCGUAGUGACAUGGCGGUGAAAGGAAAGGACAGAAAGCACAAAAGGCAAUUGGCAUUUAAUGGUGUAUUCAAGGUUGUUAAUGAGUCAGAUUUAUAAACCAUAAAGAAUGUGCAUUGCAUAGGAUUUAUUUUAUUUUGUAGAAUAUAAAUGUGUAAUUACUAGUAUUUGUAGAACAUGAGAUGUAUAAUAAAUAGAAUUUGUAGAACAUUAGAAAACGUUUACUAAGAUGUCUACCUAAUUUAGUAUUUUUUUUUUCUAUUACUGCUACCACAUUAACCCACAGACACUGUCACCCUUUUCCCACUUUUGCAUUAGGAGAUGUUGUGAAUAUUGUAACUGAUGAAUUUUAAGUGCAUAGAUAAUGUAUGUCUCACAGAAAAUGAGGUAUUUAGAUAUUAGUGAAAGUAAAAGUAAGGGUAGUGGAGAUAAGAGCAGCAAUUAGCUUAUGAAUACCUGGGUUGUGUAAUUUGUCAUGAUAGGAAUUGGUGCAAAUCAAGUCAUGCAAUGAGAGCCAUGCUUAAGCAGAAAAAAAAGAAAGGAUGACUAUGGCUAGAGGGCACCAGUGGAGUGCUUGUGGCAACCCUUGAGCAUGGAAGUAGAAUCCUGGUGUGGUAGGAGCAUUAAAAUUAGAGUUAGAGCAGUAGUGGUAGACAGAAUACAGGUGGUAUUAGGAGGAUACAAUGAAAAGUUAUAAUGCUCUGGAGUGUGAAAGUGUGAAUCAUAAACUUUAUGAAUACAGUGAUAUUGUAAUAUUGAAUGAAUGGAUGAAAGUGAAAUGAUUUAAUUUGAGGGUGGGUGAGAAUGGAAGAAUGGAAUCACUUCAGUAGAAGGAAGAUCAAAAUUUUUGUCAAUUUAAAACUCACAAGGAGCACUUAAAGUUGGUGAAGCAGUGGAUGAUUUACUAGACUGGUAGUGCUUGGUCUGUGAUUCUGUUGACUGUAGUGUAGUAAAUGUUCUUCAUAAUAAUAGAUAAGGAAAUACUGAUUCUCUAAACUGAAAAGGAAACUGGUAGUAUGUACAUAAUUAUACAAAUAGUGUACAAUUACGUUAUUUUGUCUAGGUGUAAUAAUUGUUGGUACUGAGAGAGUUGUCUGUACUUAGUUUUUGCAUACAACCAGCCAUUUCAACAUUUUUGAUGAAGUUUGCUCUCUGUUCUUGUGGUCUGUCAUCCUAUAAAAUGGAAACUAUGUUUAAAGGCUGUGAAAUUCUUUAAGUAUUAGCUUGAAAGUUUUGUCGAGACAUUCACUGAAAACUUUAUAUAAAUCAUUUAAAAUACGAACACAAAAUAGAAUAAAAUACUCUCAUUCAUAUUGUAUCAAUACUCAGUAUUUUAGCUAAAUAUUUUAGAUUCGUUACCAAUCCUUGAAAGUAUAUUUAUUAGUAUACAGGUACUGUAUAAGCUUGAUAACAAAUUACAAGAUAUGGCCUCAUUAAAGUGCUAUGGUUUGAUAUACAGGAAUUUGCAUUAUACCUCUUUAUGUUAAACAUAGAUGAAGAUCAACUUUUUGGCUAUUUGUAAUUAAGAUUUUGAUUUAUGGUAUCAUAGUCAGUGAAGACACAUUUGAGUUUUUUAAGUAUUAAAAUUUUUAUGAUUUCCUUGUAUAGAAAAAGAUGUUUUUUAACUUUUCAUUUUGAUGUUAAAUGCAUUUUGAAGUUACAUUUCUUCAAUAUGUUGGUAUUAUUUUUAUGUAUGGUACAUGAUAUUAAACAUAAAAAAUACAUUAAAAAUAUAGUCUUUUGUAAAUAAAUGCACUUAGUGACCCGGUAUAAAAAAUGUGCCUAUAGAUACUUGUGGUAAUCAAGACCUCAAUCAUGCCAUUGAAUUAUCCAUAAUUUCUUCAUACCAUUGGAAAAGGUGUUAGCAUUUAUGUUUUUCAUCCUAACUUGUUUAAAAUACUUAAGAAAAGUUUUGUGGUUUUGUGAAUACCAUGUUAGCAUAGUAAUUAGCAUUGUUGUAUCUCAUAUUUAAGAGACGAUUUGCUUCUUUAAGAAAAUCUGCUGGACUAAACCUUGCUGCCCAUCAUAAUAUACCUCUCUAUCAUUUUUUUUUUUAAUACGUUGGUCGUCUCCCACCGAGGCAGGGUGACCCAAAAAGAAAGAAAACCCCCAAAAUGAAAAUACUUUCAUCAUCAUUCAGUUCAAAAGUCCCUCCAAACUGCCAAUAUCCCAAACCCCUCCUUUAAAGUAGAGGCAGUGUACUUCCCAUUUCCAGGACUCAAGUCCGGCUAACUGGUUUCCAUUCACAAAACAUUACCCUGCUCACACUCCAACAGUUCAUCAGGUCCCAAAAAACUUUCGUCUCCAUUCACUCCUAUUUAACACGCUCGUGCAUCCUUGCUGGAAGUCCAAGGCCCUCGCCCUCGUAUCUGAGUGCCUCUGCAAAGACAGUGAUUACAUAUGAGUGAUGGUGAAAGUGUUGAAUGAUGAUGAUGAAAGUUUUUUUUUCUUUUUGGGUCACCCUGCCUUGGUGGGAAAUGGCCGAUGUGUUAAAAAAAAAAAAAUGUAAACUAGGCUACAUUUGUGAAAUUACAAUUGGAUAAGCAAAAAAAGAUCUUUUUUAUGUCUUAAUAGAAUUUUUAAAAGAAACUAGUUUAUCAUUUAGAUAGAAUGUAUGCAAAGAAGUAAUGUAAUUUUUUACAUAUGCAGAAAUUAUGCAACAAAAUUAUUUUGCUGAAGAGUGCCAACAAUGUCAGUCAUGCUGUAGGUUUUUGGUAUUGUUAAUUACAUGCAGCGAUUUGUUAGCUUCACUUUCAGUUUGGUUCAUGUGUUUAUGUUUUUACAAUUUAUGAAUAGUUUGGUUAAUUUUUUUUUUUAAAUUGUGAAUGUUUUGUAUUACAACUGUAUUUUCUGAA